AUGCGUGCAGCUGGUGUUGCUGGUACUAAAGGGCCGAUGGGGUUUCAAGGAAUUCCCGGAGUGAGAGGAACUGAUGGUGCACCAGGUUCUGCGGGGCCAACGGGGAAGACGGGGCCUCCAGGCUCACCAGGACCCCCAGGAGAAAGGGGCUUCACAGGGAAGCCAGGGUUUGAGGGACCUCAGGGCCCUGUAGGCAUGUAUGGUAUCCCAGGAACUGUGGGAAUGCGUGGGCCAACAGGUUUCACAGGACCGAGGGGGGAGCCAGGUUUACGAGGAUUACCCGGUCCUGUUGGGAAGCCUGGACCUCCAGGUUUGCAAGGUCCUCCUGGAGAGAAGGGACCCCGGGGACCACAGGGUCGUCUAGGAGAUGACGGCCUCAAAGGGAUACAGGGUCCACAAGGUCCUCCAGGUCUACCAGGUCCUGAUGGGGCAAUUGGAAAACCAGGACCAACGGGAAGCAAAGGGCCUCCAGGACCUCAGGGACCACAGGGGCAGGCAGGAAUCCCAGGUCCGCAGGGUGCUGAUGGAUUAUCAGGGGAACCGGGGGAAAGAGGACCUAAGGGUUUACCUGGAUCACCUGGAGAAGCAGGCCCCAUGGGACGACAAGGACAGCAGGGUCCUCCUGGCCACACAGGAAUCGAGGGCCCACUUGGAAGGAAAGGAGACCAGGGGGAUUUAGGACCUUGUGGGAAACCUGGUUCUAAAGGGCCACCAGGAGAGAGGGGACCUCAGGGGGGAAAAGGCCUACAAGGACCAUCUGGACCAGUCGGUAAAGAGGGGGAUGUUGGACUUCCCGGUGAAGUUGGAGAUCCGGGGCCCAAGGGGGAGAAGGGUGAGCUGGGACCUCUUGGUUUGUCUGGUCGAGAGGGUCCCUGGGGACCCCUUGGACAAAAUGGUGACAGAGGCCCAAAGGGGGAGAAGGGCCACUUGGGACUGAUGGGUGAACCAGGACUGAUGGGUGAACUAGGCCCUGUGGGCCUGCCUGGGUUACUGGGAAUGAUAGGUCCUCCAGGACGUCCAGGUCCCGAUGGACCUCAGGGAGAGAAGGGCGAGCAUGGGCCCGUAGGAAUUACUGGACCGCCGGGUUCAGCAGGCCCUCAGGGGAUAAUGGGGUCACGUGGUGUCAGAGGAGAUCCUGGGAGGCUCGGACCACCUGGUCCAGUACGACAUGCAGGACCAAAGGGACACGAGGGAAGUAAAGGAGAGCCUGGGGAACUGGGACUCAAGGGAGAGCCAGGACCUCCAGGCCCACCAGGGGAGCCGGGCGAUGAUGGUCUUCCAGGAAUUCAGGGUCCUGAGGCUCUGCCGGGGUUAGAGGGGCCUCCUGGAGAGGUGGGACCCCAGGGCCUCCCAGGUCCUAUAGGUGUUCCUGGAGUUCAAGGAAGACCGGGACCUGAAGGCAAACAGGGCAUGAAGGGGGAGAAGGGAGAAGAAGGCAAGACUGGUUCACCAGGGAAGAGGGGUCAUGUUGGAAGGAGGGGAAAAAGGGGAAAGGCUGGAGUCAGAGGGCCCAGGGGAGAGAGAGGACCAAAGGGUGAAAAGGGAGACACAGGACCGGUGGGGCUCCCUGGAUGGUCAGGACUCAUUGGAAUCCCCGGCUUACGUGGAGAGUCAGGUGAUCAAGGUCAAAGGGGUGAAAAGGGUGACAAAGGAGACAUGGGACUGCCUGGACUACCUGGAGUUGAUGGCAUGAAGGGUAUCCGUGGUCCUGUUGGAUUGCCUGGUCCAGAGGGUCCAAAAGGGGAACAGGGAAACAUUGGUCUGCCAGGGCCCAGGGGCAUGUCAGGGAUGCCUGGAUUGCCUGGUUUGUUUGGAUUAAAGGGAUUGAAAGGCUACCAAGGUCUGCCUGGUCCACCUGGCAGGAAGGGGCUGCCGGGUCCACCUGGCAUUCCCGGACUUCCCGGAAAGUCACUGAACAUGACCUUGUCUCAGCUCAAGGACCUCAUGUACAUGUCAGAUAAGCCCAACUACCUUCUGAUCCAGACGUUGCUGGAUACUCUUCAGGAGGAGCUUCGGCUGCUUUUGGAUCCUCCUGAUGGCAGCAAAGAGCAUCCAGCUACUACCUGUCUGGAGCUCUGGCUCUGUCACCCUGAAUACAGCAGUGGAAUGUAUUACAUUGACCCCAACCAGGGCAGUCCUGCCGAUGCCCUGCUGGCUUACUGCAGCUUCUCUUCCACAUCAAAACAGACCUGCCUUCAUCCUCAAGACUCUCAGCUGCCAACGAAAGCGUGGAUGGAGGACUUUUCCGAGGAAGGAUCUUUUCAGUGGCUCAGCAAGCUGAAUCAGGGAUUUCAGUUUUAUUAUCAAGGUGCUAAUGUGGUCCAGAUGCGCUUUCUGAGAUUGCACAGUGGCACAGCUGUACAGAAGGUUACCUACUCCUGCCACCCAGGACACAGACUGGGCCCAGCCUACCGAGAUGUCAAAUUCCUCACUGACUCAAGGACACAAAGUUACCUCGGAGCAGUUCAAGAUUGUGUGCCUGGAGAGGAGAUGGAGUCUGGUCCUCGGGAGUCUGUGCUGGAGUUUGAGGACCUCCAUCUCCUUCCUCUGAGAGACGUGGCACUAAUGGGAGGAGGAAACGCGACAUACCAGUUUGGCCUCACUGUUGGACCUGUGUGUUUCAGCUAGAGAUGGGAGAAAACUGUACCAUCCCGGAAGACUCUCAGGUCCAGGACACAAACUCUCUUUAAAUCAUGAACAAGUGGAACCUUCCAGUCUGUGAAGUUUUUGCUUCUUUAUCCUCUAGUGUUGGAGGAUUUUAUCCCUCAAGUUCAGUGACUUUGUAUGACUGAAUCUUUGAGGCCAAUAGUGCCCCCAGGCUUUUUUUCACGGAGAAGGCAAUUUCGUUUACAGAGACAUUAAAUAAUUUAAGUGUAUGUUUUUUU